UUAAUUGAUUGAUGCUUCAAUUAAGAUGGCUUGGGGGUAAAUGUAGAUUAAUUCAAUGGUCCAUCCCCAAGCACAUCUUUCUUUUGGCCAUGUCUUUUCAUAGUGUCAAAAUUAGGACACAAUGUGAAGCGAGAAAAAGUAUGAGGAUAGGUCCUAUGUUCAGGAAAGGUUAUGGGUUAAGUAUGAGCAUAAGUAGCCCAUAACUCCCCGGGUGUCAAAAGGCUAAUGGAUACUGAUCAUUCUUCUUAAUUUUCUACAACAUUCGAUUUGGGUCAAAAAAAGAAUCCUGAUGAACAAGAGGCAUUGCAAGAACUUUUGACAGUGCCAAGAAAGAAAAAAAGAAGAAGAGAGAAGGACUUAUCUCGAGCUUAACCCACUUUGCCUUGGGACCUUUUUUUCUUAAUAAGAAAAUCCAUUCCAGGGUCAUUUACAAGGCAAUGAUAGGAGGUUAUGCCAUUUAAAGUUCAAAACAAGAUCCCGAAAGAUCACUCCCCCAUGUGUCAUUAAUUGUGAAGGGGGGAAAUUAUACCAUUUAAAUUAUUAUUAUUAUUAUAAC